AUGGGGUGGAAACUUCUGAUUACGGCUACAGCUUUUGCGGGCCUGGCGCUCUUGACCUACAAUUACAUUACCACAGAACCGGAGAAAGUAAGUUACCACAAAUUUUGUUUUUUAAACCUUCAUAUAUAUUAUACUUUUAAAAUAUGAUUAAAGCCGCAGCAGAUUUAGUGACUAAUUUCUUCGAGCUUUUUUUGCAAUGUUACGUUUUUAAAAGAGAUGAUCCUUUUGCAGUGUAGAACAUCUCUGUCAUCUCUUACCGACUCUCCCCAUUUUUCUUGCUCUCUCGAAAACAAGGAAGCUGAAAACCUAGACUGCAGCUGAAAAUGUGGGCUAUAGAAAAGCCUAAUUUCGUCCCAGAAUCCAUAGAAAUAUCAACUUCAUAGCUUGAACGCUUUACCUAUGUAUUGGCCUGAAAACACAUUUUUCUCAAAUUAUUAACUCCUUUUUAGGUAAAUUGGCCGACCACCGGAUAUUUCGGACCAGGAAAACCUCAACAAGACGAUGAAAACAUCCAUCCCUUCCGGAUUCAAGUCCCCGACGCUGCAAUUCAAGAUUUAAAAAAUCGACUAAAGCAAGUUCGAGUAACUCAUGAGGACCUUGAAGACAUCCACAACUUCGAAUACGGAUUCUCCAAAAAAGCGUUGAACAUUUACAAAAGUUACUGGCUAAAUGAAUACGACUGGAGAGUCCACGAAAAGAAGCUGAAUGAGUUUAGUCAUUUUAAAACGCAAAUCGAAGGGAUAAAUCUGCAUUUCAUCCAUCAAAAGGCGGUUCAAAACAAGUAUAAGAAUGUAAUUCCAUUGCUAAUGUCGCAUGGCUGGCCUGGAAGUGUUCAUGAGUUCAGUAAAAUCAUCCCCAUUCUGCUGGACCCGAAGGCACAUGGGAUUGAAAGCGAUUUCGCAUUCAAUGUGGUGACGCCCUCUAUUCCCGGCUUUGGUUGGAGUAGCGCGGCGGCGAAGAGCGGUGAGUUAUAUAUUUCGGAAAUUCCACUCCUUUGCGAAUCGUAGGACCAAAAAUUCAUUUGUGAUACGAGAGCCACAAAUUUGACUUUUUGUUUACAGGGUGCGGCAAAAAAAUGGAAACUUAUUUUUAUAGCUAUAUUUUUCCUAGCAAUCCAAGUUCCGCAAAAGUAACGGUCAUCUUCAAUAAUAUAGAGCAUUGUCUAUAACAUAUUCAACCCGUUUUACCGCGGCUGCUUUUGGAGGCGAUAUAGAGCUCCAAUCGUGACUUAAAAUUUUGGCCUUUUGGCCGCAGCUUUUUUCGGGGAAAUCGGUCCCGUUCUUGACGCAGCGAUUACUUUGCGACUCCAAACUUUUGUGGCGUGUAGUACAGAUGCUGGCCUCCAACUGAAAAAAAAUUACAGUCCAUGGGAUCUAUACCCGGCGAGCAGGCGCUCUUUUCGCAGACGGGGUGAAAUCGGGAAAAUCGGUCUCAAAAUCGGUCUUGACGCGUUGUUGCCCUGUGAGUCGGCGCUGAGUCUAGUUGGAACGUCAAAUUUGCGCUGCCAAGGUUCUACUGAGCCAACAGAAGCAUGUGGACAUCGAAGUUAACGCGGCGCUAGAAUUUUGCCCGCUUGAUCCACGAAAAUCUCGGAAUUCUUGCCGCUGGCACAAAUUCCCCCUUAGGCGAUGACGGCCCUUAUUUUGACGGUGUUCGUCGUUAGCCGACGUGCAGAGGGCCUCAUCGGAUUGGACUGUCACGUUCUGUUGGUUGUGCACCCGCCAAAGAUUGCACCGCGAAGGGAAUGCGCUCCCAUCGCGGACCUGCGGCCCGACGUCUGAAUUUUCGGCAUUUUUUCAGGCAUACGGGCUUGAUCUUGCCGAUUAGGAGUUGGGCAUCUCAGACCUUGCGUGGGGAGACCUUGAGUUGAUUUUUAGCUAUUUGGCCGACUGGUCGGUCGCUGAUGCCGGUCUCACGGGCAAUUUUUUCUCGAAAUCGACGGAUUUCGUUAUUGAUGACUCCGCGGCUGGCAGAAGUGUUGGCGGUGCGUUUUCUUUCGCUUACUGGACGCUUAAAAUUGUCAAAAAGCUCCCUGCAUUGUGUGAUUACUUUGGACACAACGUGCUUUCUAUGCCGGGCAAAUUAACAGUUCGCACAGGUAAAAAAACAGGUCCGAAAUCGAGGUCCCUCUGUUUGUCAUUCAAAAAAAUAAUGUUAAUAAACCGAUAUGGGCAUGAAAUUAUAAGGUUUAGGAGAGAAAGCUACGUAGAACUUAAUGGUAUGAAAAUAAUUUUGCUACACUUAAAAAUUUUUGCGUCAGGACCCAAUAAAAAAAGUUUCCGUUUUUUGCCGCACCCUGUACAUAUACGCUGCAAAACGAAGGACGUAUAUUUUACAAAAUUUUCCCUGUUAAUCCCUCCUGGUCUUCCAUAAUCUCUCGUCUUCAAGGAUCGUUGAAAAUCCCAGUUGCGCAUGCAAAUUAGCCAAUAUUUUCUUCCAUUAUAACACGUCCUAAUUAAGUCUGUCGAGAAAAUAAUGUGGACUCUUCGCGCGAUAAGAUCGCCCAUUUCUGCCUUGCGAUGAUUGGGGAUUUGAUGCGCAGCAGCGACCUGACAAGAUCACGUUAUUUUCCCGACUGACCGGUAGAAAACAAGUACGAAAUAUCUCCAGUCGAAAUAUCGUUAAAAUUUUUCAUCUAUACUCCGCCGAUUUAAUUUGGACCAGUCUGAAACUUGAAAACGGUUAUAGAUAUGAACUCCAUUCCUUCAACAAGUUUGAUCGCCAGUCGACUCUAUGUUCAACUGUAGCAAAAUAUUUCCUCUGCCUUGAGGCACAAGAAAAAUAAUCGGAUUUUUUAAUUUUUGCUGUCGAAAAAGUUUGGACCAGGGCAACAAAAAUUUGCAUUUCUUUAUCACUAGGUGGGGUGAAACAGUGAUAACUUGUGAAAGUAAUUGUGAUUCCCUGCUGAUUCUAACGAGCAGGAAAUUCCGAGAUCAGCGCUGUGUUUAAGGCCCUGAGGGCAAUUUUUAAGAAAAUUCCCAAAAUUCCAGAAAUUUUUCGCCCUAGCGCUUGAGUAAGAAGCGUAAAUCGUCUUAAAUUAGUUUCAGUGCAACCGCAGUAUAGUGUACAUCUAAUUGGAUGACGUUAUAAAAUAGUUUUACAUCCAAAAUUUUUUGUUCUUGGAGGAUUUGUGACUUUGAAACUUGGGUUGGCGAUAAUUGUGAGGCCACUGCGCUCAAACAACUGCUAAAUCAUACAGCGUUUAGCGUGGGACGUAUGAGGGGCAUGCCACACUUUCCUUCUGUGUCAGAACAAUAUCCGAUUUACACGCGACAAAUGCACAAUAGACCGAAAACUUUGAUAAAAAAAUUUAAGAAGAGGGUGCUUACUUAAAAGUUUUCGAAAGUGAAAAAAGAUGUUCCUAUAUGUAUAUUAUACGUUUAUUCCGCUAAGAGGUGCUAGCCAGACUUGAUAGAACUUAAUUUUAUGCACAUUAAAUUGUUUUUUUCUCAACAUGUUUCGACUGGGCCAACGAAAACUUUUUUUAUCAAAGUGUUCGGUCUAUUGUGCAUUUGUCGCGUGUAAAUCGGAUAUUGUUUUGACACAGAAGGAAAGUGUGGCAUGCCUCUCAUACGUCCCACGCUAAACGCUGUAUGAUUUAGCAGUUGUUUGAGCGCAGUGGCCUCACAAUUAUCGCCAACCCAAGUUUCAAAGUCACAAAUCCUCCAAGAACAAAAAAUUUUGGAUGUAAAACUAUUUUAUAACGUCAUCCAAUUAGAUGUACUCUAUACUGUGGUUGCACUGAAACUAAUUUAAGACGAUUUACGCUUCUUACUCAAGCGCUAGGGUGAAAAAUUUCUGGAAUUUUGGGAAUUUUCUUAAAAAUUGCCCUCAGGGCCUUAAACACAGCGCUGAUCUCGGAAUUUCCUGCUCGUUAGAAUCAGCAGGGAAUCACAAUUAUUUUCACAAGUUAUCACGGUUUCACCCCACCUAGUGAUAAAGAAAUGCAAAUUUUUGUUGCCCUGGUCCACACUUUUUCGACAGCAAAAAUUAAAAAAUCCGAUUAUUUUUCUUGUGCCUCAAGGCAGAGAAAAAAUGUUGGUACAGUUGAAUAUAGAGUCGACUGGUGAUCAAACUUGUUGAAGGAAUGGAGUUCAUAUCUAUAACCGUUUUCAAGUUUCAGACUGGUCCAAAUUAAAUCGGCGGAGUAUAUAUAUACAUCACAAAGCACUGUUAAAUUUCGGCCAAAUUUCGAAAAAAAAAAUCUAAUUUUUUCAACACUACCUUUCCAGGCAUGAACGCAGGCGCUGUUGCUCGAAUCUUCCACAAACUUAUGCUCCGACUCGGUUACAACAAAUACGCCGUCCAAGGUGGAGAUUGGGGCUCUACAAUCGUCUCAAAUAUGGCUCGUUUAUAUCCAAAUAACGUCGUUGGCUGCCACUUGAAUACGUUUGUAUCGUCCCGGAAAGAUGUUCUGUUACAAUCUAUUUUGGUAACCGUCGCUCCAGGGUUCUUUUUACAUGAAGAACCGAUGAAAGACUAUAAUUUCUUCAAGACGUUGAAAUUUGUGAUCAUUCGUGGAGGGUAUUUUCAUCUUCAAGCCACCACUCCAGAUACUAUUGGUAAGAAAACGGUGUUCUUUUUCAAAGUUAAUUAACUGCCUAAGGGCCUACAGCUUUUUCAUAAAUCUAAUUUUACAGGAAUUGGCCUCAAUGACUCCCCAAUAGGCCUGCUGGCGUGGAUGUUGGAGAAAUACAUUACUGGCACUAACACAAAAUUCUCAAAAAGCGAAAACCCGGAGGAAAUUGUAAAGAAAAUCUCAAAAGAAGAUCUCUUGACCGCCGUUUCUCUGUACUGGUUCAAUGGAAAUAUGCUGCAAUCGGCGAGGUUUUACAAGGAGAACAUGAACAGUGAAUUAAUGCAACUUCAGCGGUAAGAAGUCGUAAGGAGUCGCAUGCAAGCGCCCGCUGAAAAAUGCCGCUUGAUGGGAGGGACCCGCUCAAGGCCGCGAAAAGCUUGGCAGAGGCUAGGCAUGCUGUUAAUCACCACUUUAAUACACUAUUAUUUUCAGUCAAUUUAUCUCCGUUCCAACCGGCUACGCUUCGUUGGGGAAUGACGCCGUUCCAGCAGUUCCUCAACGAGUCAUUGAGACCGCAGUAAACCUAACGCAUUACACUUUUGUUCCGGAUUUGGGCCAUUUUGCCGCAUUAGAAGGCCCCAAAGUCUUAGCUAAAGACAUUUUCAGCUUUGUAGAAGAGUUGGAUUAA